CCUCCUCUUCUCCUCCGGCUCUUGUUAUGACCCAUUUCAGGAGUGACUGCUACCGAGACAGACACACUGGGAUGAACACCGAGCAGAGAGCUGGUCGCACCGCGUCAGCCAAGAGAGGAAGCGGUGCCCCCAUCAGAUCCGACUAUGAGAUCGAAUACGACAGAUACCCUCAGGACUACUAUAACAGGGUAUUCGACUACCAGCGUGUCCCAUCCUCAGUCCAAGUGGAUCCCAGCCCCAACAAGAGGCCCCGACCUUCCUCCUCAUGUUCCUCUUCCUCCUCCACAGCAGCUCUGAGGAUGAAGAGAACCAGAGCAUCCAGCAGGACCAACAAAACCCUCAGCCCUGCCUCCAGCAGCAGCAAAGCCAAAUUGAAGAUGACAGAGCUUCUGGCCAUAAAGAGGGAGUUGACAGUGAUCAAGGUUCAGAUCGACAGCCUGUUGGACCGUGUGGACAAAAUGGACAGACAGAGGAAGGACUGCUCAGAGUGUCCUCAGAGCAGGGAGACCAGUGUGUCAGGCUCUCCUCACCGGGGUUCAGUCAGCAGUCUAGAGAGAGAAAGUCCUGAACCAGGAGAGGCCAGCGAGGACGACCAGCUGCACUACCACCACUACUACCCCCACAGGGGUAAAAAUAUACCUUCAGUCAAAUACUACCCAAACGUCUACAACUUCUAG